ACGAUUCGUUCACGAAUCGGACAUCGCCGCUGCGCUCACAGGAGAAGAAGAGCAGCUUCCAGAAUACUCACAGCAGCGACAACAACAUCUGCAGCACAUCAUUUCAUCUCACUGGUAAAUGCCUGAAGAUUCAGCAUGGUGUGCGGAGGAUUUACGUGCUCGAAAAACGCCCUCUGUUCGCUAAAUGUAGUUUAUAUGCUGGUGGGUCUCCUGUUGAUUGUCGUAGCAGCAUGGAGGAAAGGCUUUGGCAUUGUCUCCAGCAUCCACAUCAUCGGCGGCGUGAUUGCCGUGGGCUUCUUUCUGCUGCUGAUCGCCAUUGUGGGACUCAUUGGAGCCGUCCAUCAUCACCAAGUCAUGCUUUUCUUUUACAUGGUCAUUCUCUUCAUUGUGUUCCUCUUCCAGUUUGGAGUUUCCUGUUCUUGUCUGGCCAUGAACCAGGGUCAACAGGAGAAGCUGCUGAAUUCAUCCUGGGGAAUAAUGAAUAACGAUACAAGAAUCAGCCUUGAGAAGAGGCUGGACUGCUGUGGCCUGUUCAACGAUACGCAGAGCCAGGGAGUGUUUGUGUCUGACUUAAACCUCUGUGAUGCUCCAUGUGUAAAAAAGAGCCCCUGCCUCACUUGCGGUGAAAAGAUGCUCCAACAUUCAUCAGAAGCUUUGAAGAUCCUUGGAGGAGUCGGCCUCUUUUUCAGCUUUACAGAGAUCUUAGGAGUUUGGCUGGCCAUGCGCUACAGGAACCAAAAGGACCCGAGAGCGAACCCCAGUGCAUUCUUAUAGUCUCUCAGACCAGCUAUUCCAGUUCCCUUUUGCACAGGUAGAGUGGAGCACACCAAGAGACAUUUAAAGCAUUAAACGCAGAACACAACCACUGAUCCCCACAACAAACUCUCAUCUGAACACCCGGCUCAGAACACACUAGAUGCAAACACAUCUAUUCUGAUGACAGAUCUGACCCAUUUUCCACACAAGGUCUGCAGAGGGCUAAUUUAAACCAGCAGGAGGAGGUAUCAUGUAUGAUAGGAUGCUCGUUCUGGCACUUCCCCCAUCCUUGAUGUGAGAAACUCUUCCUGUUUUCUGUAUGCAAAACGAAAAUCUGCAAUGUAAAGCCAUCUAUGUCUGCAUGUUCAUAGCCUCAGUUUCUUGUGACACAGUCAUCUUACUUAUGUACACAUAACCAGGUAUGUAGUGCCGAAAUGGUGCCUGUAGUUUCAGUGUAACAGAAAGUUAACCCAUAUAAACUAUGUUAAUGUUUAGUAUCACUUAGUCAAGGUGAAAUUCUGUCACGUAUCUCCCAGGAAAUCACAUCCAGGUCUGCUUUGAAUGAGUGCAGACCUGAAAAACACCUGUGUUUUGUACAAUGCUAUAUGAAGUCCGUCUCUAUGAGGUGACCAGUCCAGCCUAUGGGAUAUUAGUUUAGGAAUUAGACGUAGAAUGUGAAUAUUUAAAAACACUUGUGUAACUGAGCCAUGUGAAUGGGAGGAUUUCCCCUGCCGAUGGACUGCUGCCCUCCUGUUGUACAUUUACUGUGACAGGAUCGACGUUUUCCGAUUCUUUUCCAUCCUUAUUUAAACCACAGAGAUCCUCCCGCUUCAGCCGGGUCUAGCUAUUCUCACUGGACUUUUAAAGUUCUCCAUUUCCUUUGAAGCUUAGUAUUACUCGUAGAUUUAGUGUUUUAAUAUCUUAUGAAUUUUUGUGGAUGUUUGUGUUGAAAUAAUCUCGGCGAGCCAUUUAUUCAGUUAUCUGUCGGCUUGGUUUAAGCCACGUACUAUCGCACUAACUUGCAGUUUUUAUUAUUUGCAAUCAUGUAUCGCUUAUUUCCAGCUAUUUUUAACCGCAUCAGGUCCAUAAUUUUAGCACUGAAUACUGUGCCAUUUUAGUUAAAUCCUUUUUAGUUUGUGUUGUGCCAACCCUCUUUGUUUUUUUUGUCAUUGCGCUUAUAUUUCUUUCCUGUUUUGUGAUAGUGUUAAGUUGCCAUUAAAGUAUGCGUUUUUUGACCUUUGUGCACACGCUUAUGUUAAUUCCAUAUGUCCAUUAUGUACUUGUUAAUUUGUUUAUUCAUAUUAAUAGUGGAACAUACUGGCUUAUACUCACAGUUUUAACUGCUUUAGUUUCUGCCCCACAUGACUGAGAAAAUGGGAACGCUGCCCCAUCACUCAGUACAGCUUAAAUGUGUUCUGCUUCACUUGGUCAUGGUAUUAUGAGUGUGUUUCAGAGGUGAAAUCAAUGUCUGUAUAUAGUAUAGUAGUUAUUUAUUGCCGUUGUGACCAUUUUCCCUGGAUUUGCCUUGUAUUUUUGAAACUGACUUUUCCAAUUAAAUAUUCUUAGAUCAA